GGCUCGCCUAAAGUUCCUGACUGUCCGCGCACUGAUAGACUCCGCUAUAGCCGGUCCGGAUAGAAGUGAGAGUUUUUAUUAGCUAAAUAUCUUUCUGCGUUUCCCAGUAAACGAGCUGCGUUUUAAAUGUUAAAUAAAGUUGUUAUAUUAGCGACUGCGCGUGACGCGUCCUUAAAAAUGAACGUACACAGCUGUCCAGUGCGCUUGUAAACACAACUAAUAAUAGAGGCGCAGUCGAACUCAACCCGUAAGUACACGGAGGAUUUCUUUCGGACGUUUGGACGGUGUUUUUGAGAAUCUCUGGUGUUCCUCUCGCGCGCAGGCGGAUCACCGGACAGAGCGGCGCGUAUAUCAUCGGCUCAGCAGAGCUGUCAUGCUGCCUAAAGUCGAGUCAGAAUCUCUGGGACUCGCUCGAUCGCAUGGGGAACAGAGGCAUAUGCCUGGAAACAUGCAAGCCCCCCAGUUUAAAAUGAUGGACUACUCCUACGAUGAAGACUUGGAUGAAAUGUGUCCAGUGUGCGGAGACAAGGUGUCCGGAUAUCACUACGGGUUACUGACCUGUGAGAGCUGCAAGGGCUUCUUCAAGCGUACGGUGCAAAACAACAAGCGCUACACAUGUAUAGAGAACCAGAGCUGUCAAAUAGACAAGACCCAGAGGAAACGCUGUCCCUACUGCCGCUUUCAGAAGUGCCUGACUGUCGGCAUGAAACUGGAGGCUGUGAGGGCUGAUCGAAUGAGAGGAGGCCGGAACAAGUUUGGCCCCAUGUACAAACGAGACCGGGUGCUCAAGCAACAGAAGAAAGCCUUGAUCCGGGCCAACGGACUCAAGCUAGAAGCCAUGACACAAGUCAUGCAGACAGUUCCAGCAGACCUCACCAUUACCUCCGCCAUUCAGAACAUCCAUUCGGCCUCCAAGGGGCUUCCACUGAGCCACCAUCACCACCACCAUCACCACCACCAUAGCUCCUCCAGUGCAGGGCUGCCACCUGCAGACUUUGAUCGUAGCCCCUUCGUAACCUCCCCAGUCAGCAUGGCCAUGCCACCACACGCCGGAGGCUUGCAGGGCUACCAGGCAUAUGGCCACUUCCAGAGCCGCACCAUAAAGUCUGAGUACCCCGACCCCUACACAAGCUCUCCAGAAUCCCUCAUGGGCUACCCAUAUGUAGAGACCUACGCUGGUGGAUCACCGCCAACCUUCCCCCACUUGGUGGUGGAGCUGCUCAAGUGUGAGCCUGACGAACCCCAAGUGCAAGCUAAGAUCCUAGCAUACCUGCAGCAGGAACAGGCCAGUCGAGGCAAGCAUGAAAAACUCAACACCUUUGGCCUAAUGUGCAAGAUGGCAGACCAGACACUGUUCUCUAUCGUAGAAUGGGCAAGGAGCAGCAUCUUCUUCCGAGAACUGAAGGUUGACGACCAAAUGAAGCUUCUCCAGAACUGUUGGAGUGAACUCCUCAUCCUGGACCAUGUUUUCCGGCAGGUGAUGCAUGCCAAAGAGAACUCCAUCCUCCUAGUCACAGGGCAACAGGUGGAUUACGCCCUAAUUGCCUCCCAAGCCGGGGCCACACUCAACAACCUCCUGAGUCACGCGCAGGAGCUGGUAAGCAAACUGCGUUCCCUCCAGCUGGACCAAAGGGAGUUUGUCUGCCUCAAGUUCCUGGUGCUGUUCAGCUUGGAUGUGAAAAACCUAGAGAACUUCCACCUGGUGGAGAGUGUCCAAGAACAGGUCAAUGCCACAUUGCUGGACUACGUCAUGUGCAACUACCCCCAGCAAAUGGACAAGUUCGGCCAGCUGCUGCUGCGGUUGCCAGAGAUCCGGGCCAUCAGCCUGCAGGCGGAGGAGUAUCUGUACUACAAACACCUGAAUGGUGACGUGCCCUGUAACAAUCUACUUAUAGAGAUGUUGCACGCCAAACGUGCCUGAGGACCAGUGGUGACGUGGCCGCAACCCUUCCGUUUCAACACAUUGUACGCACUGCUCCUAGCACCACCUCAGUCCAGCGUCAUCACCAGACAAAGCCUUUGAACAAUGAAUCGUGCAUACGUGAGAUGCACGCUGACUGCGUGGGCUUGCGGUGCGCCGGACAGUUCGUGCUGGCUCUUUGGUUUGGAUGUAAGAGAGGGGACGGUAAACCCUAAAUGUAAAGGUUUGGCUCAAAGGGCAGAUACAUUUCUGAUUAAGAAAGUAACCAAACCAAUAGUGUUAUAAUGACCUCUAGGCCACUGAUUUGUCAUAGUAUCGUCGUACCAUGACUAUCAGUCAUUAUUCGUUCUGUGUGCAGCUGACCUUGUGAUUGACAGGUCCAAUUUACACUCAGACUUAAAUUGGAGGGUUUAAGAUUACCGGAUUGGGCUCUCUUACAAGACUUAUACUGGUUUGCCAACACUGACCCAGUCUUUCCAUUUGGGCCUGGCCCCCCCUCUGUUUUAAGGCACAAAACUGGGCUAGAGCCAGAUUCGUAAUGGACAACCAGCCGGUGCCCGCUUCUGUGCCACACACAAAGACUUUAUUCCAAACCCUCACCAAAACAUUAAGUACUUCAGUUGUUAAAAUUGGCAGCCAUUUCUUCUUCUUUGUCAUUCUGAGGCUAUGUAUCACCAACAUCUUCCUUCCAAAAGUAAAAAAGAAAAAGAUCGGUUUCCUCUUGACAUUUUCAUUCAUAAGCGCAGAAUUUUGCUUUUUUAUUUUAUUGUAAAAUGUUUGCAGAUUUUUGCCGACUUAAGGGAGAAAGUACAUGGGUUUCACGAACACAAUACAGUCUCAGAGGCAGAAUGAAGGAAUACUGCCUCAGUCAAAACAAGACCAAAGCCUGCAGAGAACAAAACGAAGAAAAAACUAAAAAGAGAGAAAGAAUCAAACUUAACUAUCAGUAUUAAUAAUUUGAUGUCACAGUCAUGUGAGUCUUGCCUUAUUUCAUUUCCAUGCUAGCUAACCGUGCUGAUGUGAAUUACGAUAUGUAAAAUAAAAACGUACAUAUAUAUAUAAAGUAUUAAUGUUAUACAAUUGAAAAGAAAUAAGAGGUGUUUACAUGUGUGUGGUCAUGUGGGAGGUAACUGUGAUGCAUUCAACUGCAAAGCAAUGAUUUCAUAUAAAAACAAGGAAACAAGAAAAAUGUUCAGAAAAGAAUAUAUUCCUCUUGUUUGCUUUGUUUGGUGUGUACAGUUUUCAUAUUUCUUGACCAGUACUUAAUUAUGUCGUGAGACACUAAAUCAGAGAGGAAUCUCACUGAAUACUGAGUUUCAAAAUGUUCUUUUUUUUUUGUAUUGUGCAGGCUAAUUUCUGUGGACUUCUUUCAAUGUAGAAUACCUGUUUUUACAUUCUAUGUUUUAAAUGUACAUCACUGGUUAAGCUUAAUUUAUUGUUUUGAUUUCAUCCAUGUGUUUAAGCACAGUGGAGUGGGGUCACGACUAACUGUAUUUGUUUACUGUAGAACAUUUUUAAAAAUGCAGAUACGAGAUGCAGUUAAGGAGGUAAACGGUGAUCGUAGUGAUUCACAUUAAACGGCCAUCAGUCCUGCCACUGUAAAAUAUCAAGAGCUGUAUUGAAUUGAUCUGGUGCAUCUUUUCUAUCGUAAGAUUUCAAUGAAUGUGUUCAUUAUAACCGUCUGUGUUCUAUACCAAAGACAGCGUCUGUCCUUCACCUGUACUUACCUGUUUGCAUUACAAUGCAUGGAUGAGAGCUUUGAGACUUGGGGACUGCCAUUGUUUUUCCUGAAUGGUUAAACUGACUGUAUAUUAUACACAGUAAUUGGUGUUAAAGUCAACAUGAUUCAGAAUUGACCCCACUUUAUACACGUUGCUGGUCAAAGUGUGCACGAUUUAUCAGUACAUGUUAUUCUAAAGAAAAUUUUUAAUCUUCAUAACCUUUCAAAAUUGAAUCAUUACAUCAAAUGGCCAUCUCUGGAACAACUUUCUUUUUGGCUGAUCUUAUCUAGGCUAGAAAAUAUUCUUAAUGUAAAUUGUUCGGGUUCAAUACAAGUUAAGCUCAAUCAACAGCAUUUGUGGCAUAAUGUUGAUGUAAUUUUGACUCGUCCCUAAAAGGCAAAAUUACACAUUACAAUGUGGCACUUACAAUGGAAGUGAAUGAGGCCAAUCCGUUUAAAAAUGUUAAAUUGCUCACUAUUUCAAAAGUAUAGACACAAGACUGCAAUGUUAAUGGAAUAAAGGUUACAACACUAACAGGAAACAAAUUAAAUUAAAAAAAAUAAAAAAAUAAUAUAUAUAUUGGAAUAUGUGGAGAUGCUCGAAUGUGAAUUUGACCUUCACUUUACGUCCUGGUCAAAAAGGUGUUUCAAGAUAUCUACAACCUACUACAAACUUGCAUUCAAGCCCACUUUUAUCCUACCCAAGACUUUGAAAAGUUUUUCUUGUUUAAUUUUUUACCACUUGGAAAUAAGUUUUAUUAUGGAAGUAAAAUGGGUUGACAAUUCUGUUUAAUGUUGGCUUUAAAGGUCAAUUUGUUAUAAUAUUAAAGCAGAGCCUUUAAAGUAUCACAACAUGGCUAUUUUCGACCACAAAUCACAGUAAAAAAGAGUGCUUGGGUAACUGCUGUUGCAUACCUGAAGCUAAACAUUAUAAGAGUGUUGAUUUACAGACCCUUUCAAGACUUUAUAGUAAAAAUGUUCAUCAUGGUGACUUAACAUCCCAAAUGGGUUUAUUUGUACCUUGAAACGAUGUGAAAUCAACAAGCACAUUUUUGACAUGUUACAAACCUGCUCCCAGAUCAAUGUAAAAUGAUUCUUUCACACUAUAAUGGUGUAAAAAGUAUUUUGUACAAGCUCAAAUCUGCUUUAAUCAUUGCUGCAUGGCAUCUAAAUGAAGGACUCUUACACCGGCCCAUUUGUACAUAAGGCCACAAACUUCUUUAUCUAUUCCAAGGCAAUUGAUUUGUACUUUUCCUCUGUCUUUGCUUCGUUUUGUGAUUCUCUACUGUAUUGUAUGUGAUCAGACCGACAAUCUUUAUGAAUCCAGUGCCCUCUCAUUCCCCACCACUAAACUUCUGCAGCUCCCUUGGAUUUCUGCUUACCUGCCUAAACGUUUGGAUUCAGAUUCUCAUAUUUUGUGCGCUGAAAGCCAGAGUCAGACCCGCAAUCUCUGAUGUCACCUCUUGCCAUAAAGAGUUUCCAUACAAGCUCUUGGAAUCUUUCCAUCAUAUUUUAAUAAACGACUAUUA